AUGGACCGCAUGCAGAGGGAGGAGCCGUCGACUGUUGAGAAGACGCAGACGGACCACAUAGUUCCAGAUACUGAUCGAGGCUUGGAGGAUAACCGGUUCACAAGCAUCGAGGAUCUUCUUACCUCUAUAUACCCUCAUCCUGACCCCACUGAUGAACCCUACCAGCCUGCCGAUGGCAACGGCGAUGCCGUCUAUGAGACAUCAUCUUCCGGCAUGUUUCCCCUUGAUGGACCGGCUGCUUUUGGAGACGUGGACAAACUGUCAUUCUUUGCCGACGUUAUGAAGGCGAGUCCGAAUCGAGGUGGCUACGACGCUGAGCCAUGCGCUAUGCGGGUCCAGACAACACGAGAACAGCCAUUCAUCCGGGUGGAGCGUGGUGCGGAGUUUGCGGACAACUUUCACGAAGACUUCUUCCUCGAACUUUUCCGAAGCUUUUCCCUGGAUACGUACUGCAACGGCAUGGGGCCGAUUCGCCACACAUCCGUCUUCUGUUUCUUGGUCUUCAACAUCCUCCUCCGAUCCUCCAACCGCCGUAUCAGCAUGAAGCCUGACGACCGACCGCCCGACAAGGGCCGAGGCUGA